GCCGACUGCAUAACGCUACGCUGCCGCUGACUUUGCAAUUCGUUGCGAUUCGUUACAGCGCUCGUCGGGCUUUCUGGCGCUCGUCGCUCGUCGCUGAGCCUUCGUCUUCGCCUACGACAGCGAAUUUUUCGGUUCCUCAACAAAUGACAUGUUGUGGCAGCUAGCCGUUGGCACAAACAGCUCCUUCAGUACGAGUACGAGUGCGGUCUUCGACGUAUCCAAAAGCAAACGCGGCUCUUUUUUAAGCGCGUUUUGUAUUAUUCUACUCAUAUAAUUUAUAAUUUGCGUCGCUAUAUGAUUUCUCCUUGUUUCGUAGAACAACAACAACAACAAACAAACAAACAAGCACAACGGUAAACAACAGCCAGCAAAGGUUACUGAAACGACAGCAGCAGUAGCAGCAGCAAGCGCAGCAGCCGGUGCAGCAAAGUGAAUCGUAUAAGCAAUAGCAGGCUAUUGUCGGCAAGAUUUUAAUUUUGCGCAAAAAUUCAAAAACUUUCAAAAAUUCCAAAAUCCUUCAACCGGUGGCUGAACGACAUACUACGGUCAGGCAGGUGUGUGCAAAACAAAAAGCAAGCAAACAACAACAACCGUUAGUUUGAAGCAACAUUACGAUUCAGCGUCGCAGCAGCCACAUUUCCGAGUUGUCAAAAUCAUUCAAUCAAUCUUCACGAUUCUUCAAGUUUUGAGUCAUUAAACAAAAGCUCCGAACUUAAUUUAGCAAUAUUUCAAAGUUUUUUUCAAGAAAUUUGUUGCGCUUUGACGGCAUCUCAAUUGGCCUUCCACCAUUGCAUGCAUAUCUCGGCUGAAGCGUUGACAUUUUUCACAGCAACAACAACAAAGCCUCAGUAUUCAAGCAUCAAACGACCAAAAUUCGCGUGAGGCGAUCAUCUGAAGAUUCUAGCGUACAGAUUACAACGUCGAACAGCUGUUCAGCUUAUACUUUUGGCAACAGCGGCUUUAAACGGGCUACUUGAAUAUACGAUCCAUUGAGAAUUCAACAGCAUAAGGCCAAAGAGAAAACGAAAGAGUAAAAAUCAAUCAUUAAGCGCAAGUGAUAUAUCUACGAAUAUCAAAACAAUCAUAAAGCAAAUGAACAAUUUGUGAACAUUUUUGCACAGAUACUUUUAAAAAGGCAUUACCAAUCGAUACAUUUUCAUAUAUAUCGAUUAUUAAACAUUUCAAAAUAUUUUACGAUAUUUUCCUAGAAGUCAAACAUCUUCGGUUGUUCUUAUAUGAUUUCUCGAAGCAGCCAAGCGUCAAGCGCAUAAAAAGCACUGACAUUAAAAGUGAGCAUUAAUAAAAAUACGUAUGCGAAAAAGAGAGAGAGAGUGCACAAACGUGAGAGUAUUAAGCGCAUAUAUGGUAUACAUAUGGUACAAUAUAGGUGACAACAAAAUAGCGACCGAGUUUCCUAGUUGUGAAUUCGAAGUGAUUUAAAUUUAUAGAAAAAGCGAGGCGCAAAUUUAAAAAAAGUAUUAUUUGUUCGCUAUAAAGACAAAGCGCACCAGCGAAAGCUCAAUAAACAGCUGCCAAGCUUAAAAGCUGCAGAGUGAUUUGCGCCCAUAAAAGAAGAGUGAAAUUAUAACGGCAGUCAUUAUCAACGCAAUAGAAAAGCAAUUUAGUACGGUAUCAUUAAAACAGUAACAAUAAGGAACAAGAAAUAAAAAAUUAAUUAAAAAAAUAAAAACAUUUACAUACCAAAUAUACUACUAUCACUACUACUACUACUAUUACUACUAUUUCUACUACCAAACUUAAGCAAGCUUGCGUGCCGCCCGUAAAUAGUCGGUGCUGGCGCAGCGUUGCAUUUCCAGCGCAAGCUAUACAUGAACUGACCACGUACAGUGUUUGCAGUAUUAUUACGUAAAUAUUUAAAUACCAGAAAGUAAUUAAUAAUAUAUUUAAAAAAAUAAUAAAAACAUUUGUAACGAUUUUUUCGGUGUUUGUGUAUGUUUGUACUUUUCAUAGCGCCUAAAAAUAUACUACAGUUCAUAGCAUAUUUGAACAUUAAAGAAUUUAUUCCACGAAAAGUACGCAACGAAAGCGUUGAAUGUCUCGUAAGUCAAAUAGGUGUACAAGUUUUCUAUAAAACCACAAAAAAUAUUACAAAAACAAAAGGGAAAAUCAUUGUAUGGAUGUCUAAGAUUUUAAUGGCAUAAAAGCGGAACUGAUUUUAUAUAUACAUACAUAUAUGUAACAGUUAUACUAGAAAAAAGACUAAAAUAUAUAAACAAAUACUAGAAAAAAAAGAAACCAUAUUUUAAACACCAAAAGUGUUGUAAACAAGAUUUUAGACGAAAGCGAAAACUUUUCGAAAACAAGCGUACUUCCAACGACUACAAAAGACGACGAAUACAGGCACGUUAUUACUGUGUAAGUGCGCGAAUAUAAAUCGGUUAACAUUAGCAGCUUAAAAAGGCCAAAUUUAAACUUUUUAAACGAAUAAAAUUUACAAAAAAAAAAAUCGAAGUCGUCAGGUAACCAAACCGCCAAUGUGACAAGUGAUUUUUGCACAUUAAGUAGAAAGAAGUGAUUUCAGCGCGUGAGUGAACAUUUUUAAAUAAUUUCCAAUAUUUAUAAAACUUUUCAAUACUUACGUAAAAUUUACGCCAACAAAUAAGUGACUGCAAUAAGUACGUAACUAGUUGAAAAUAAUAUUUUAAAGUUAUAUGUAAGCUUUAAGUUUACUGAAAAAAUAAACAAGUGCAUGCAGAAACACGCAAAACAAAUUAAAGUGAAAAUUGGCAACAAAGCAAGUGGUGUGCGAGCGCGCUAAACAAAAAUUGGCAACAGUGUUAACUGAAACUUGCGAAAGGCACCUUUAACCGUUGUGUACGCUGUAAAGUGUGUAAAGCAAACGAGUACGUAGUACUGUCGAGGGAGAGACAGUGGUGAGCAAAAUUGCAACUGAACAGCCUGUAAAGUGAUUUUAUAUAGCAACUAUACAAAGAAAUGAACUUAUUUACUGAUAAAUAACAACACAACAAAACAACUGAAGCAGAGCAGCAAAACUGCAGCAGCCGACGUGCAAAAAUAUUAGGAUUGAUUAUUUCAACGUGAGCGCAAUCGUGCAGUUGUCAAAAAGGGAGUAGAAACUCUGUGAGUUAACAAAAUCAAGAGAGCGGCGAAAUAAAUAGAGAUCCAAGAGAAUCUUGCAAAUCAACACCACCAAAGAAAACCAACUAAACUAAACUAAAGAGAAUAGUAGCAGAGCAAAACAAAUAUCCAUAAAAAGGAGCUAACGAAUAAUCAUAUUAAAUUUAUACAAAGAGAAUAUAAAACCAACAGUAUAUAACAACAACAAUAUAUAUAUAUAUAUAUCUAUAUAUAAAUAAAAACGUGACAUACAAAUACUAAUGUUCCAUAAAGCACCAGCAGAUCAAGAGAGCAACAGCACCAACAGCAGCAGCAGUUAAGAGAGAGAGUAAAGAGAGUACUUAAUACCAUAUAAAAGCAAAUUUUUAAAUAAAAUCUUAGUGAGCGGAGAAUAUAAAUUAUAUAAAAAUAUUAAUAUUGCUGUCUUUUUGCAUUUUUGCAAUUUUAUAAAAAACAAAAACAAAUAAUAAAAAAGCAAAUAUUAUAAUACAUAUAUAUAUAUAUAUAUAUAUACUUACAAAGGCGAAUCAAUACACGAACAAUCCUUUGAGAAUCAGAGAUACACACUUAACGAACAUAAAAAAUCAUUAGCAAAAUUUACUCUUUUAACUUAAAGAACAACUUACUAAAGCAAAAUAAAAAUAAAAAAAAAAUCAUUGAAAAAUCAAUUUUACUAAAAAGCAAAAUUUUAGCGAAAGAAAAUCAUUAAACACAUACAAAGAAACGAGCGUAGAACGAUCGUAGUUGAUCUAAAACCCAUACACCAAGCAGCAACGCCGAGCGAAAGCUACAAAAAAACGCACGAAAGCUCAAAGUGGCCACAAGCGAAAGCUCCACGCCAACAACACAGUGUAAAGUCUUCUAGUAAAAAAAAAAAAAAGAAAACAAAUAAGACAACAAAAAGUAAAUAAAUAAGCAAAGCUAAAACUAUUUGCAAUUUGUGUGAAAGAUAAUUUUUAGCGAAAGCUUACUUAAACUAACUUACAUACUUACUUACUUACAUACAUACUUAAUUUCCAACGGGACUUGUGCAAAGCGCAAUCAAAGCUCUUAUAAAAGAAAUAUUUAAAAUAAAUUAAAUUUAAGCGAUAUUUAAACAAGCAGUGAGACUAACUACUAAGCAACAACAAAUCAGCAUACAAAUAAAGCAACAAAGCGCUAAGCAAGCAGUACAGUUAGAAAGCUAGGUGAGCGCAAGAGAUCAGCGAGCGCAAGAGCGUAGUUCAAAAGCGAGAGUGUGCGUGUGUGUGUGUCGACAGAUCAAAGAUCGAGCCAAUAGCAAGGCAAGCCGUAGAGUAAGAGAGAGCACGCGUUUGAGCGCACACAACCGUUUAGAGCGAACUUCAAAAUUACGCCCCAAAAGCAAGCAAGCGCCGCAACAACAGCAGCAGCAGCAGCAGCAGCAGAAGCAACAACAGUCGUUAAUAAAAAGCAAACGACGCCACAAGCCACCGGCAAGAAAAUGACCAACGCCAUGGAUAUUGUGAAGAAUGGCAGUGCCAAUGGCUCCGUCGAUGGCAGCUCGGAUGAGUCGCGCACCAACUUGAUUGUGAACUAUUUGCCACAGACAAUGACGCAAGAGGAGAUGCGUUCGCUCUUCUCGAGCAUUGGCGAAUUGGAGAGUUGCAAGCUUGUGCGCGACAAAGCCUCAGGUAAUUUGGUGUUGCCAGCUUCGUUAACCGCACUCAACCCGGCAUUGCAACAAGUCGGUCAAAGCUUGGGCUACGGUUUUGUUAACUAUGUACGCGCCGAGGAUGCUGAGAAGGCCGUUAAUACAUUGAAUGGCUUGCGUUUGCAGAAUAAAGUGAUUAAAGUAUCAUACGCCCGUCCAAGUUCGGAAUCAAUAAAGGGUGCUAAUUUGUAUGUAUCGGGUCUUCCCAAAAAUCUAUCACAACCAGACUUGGAGGCACUAUUCGCAUCAUAUGGCAAGAUAAUUACAUCUCGUAUACUCUGUGAUAAUAUUUCUGGUCUAUCGAAAGGUGUCGGUUUUAUACGUUUCGAUCAACGCAACGAAGCUGAGCGCGCUAUACAGGAAUUAAAUGGCAAAACGCCCAAAGGUUACACCGAACCAAUAACUGUUAAAUUUGCCAAUAAUCCCAGCAAUAGCGCUAAAGCUCAACUCCCACCACCAUUGGCCGCUUAUUUGACACCACAAGCGGCUGCCGCAACGCGUCGUCUCGCUGGCGCACUGCCAUCGGCUGGACGUAUAAGCAUUGGAAAAAGCCCGAUGUUAGCCAUUAACAAGGGUUUACAAAGAUACUCACCAUUGGCUGGUGAUCUUUUGGCCAAUUCCAUUUUGCCCGGCAAUGCAAUGACCGGCUCCGGCUGGUGCAUAUUCGUUUACAACCUCGCACCCGAAACGGAGGAGAAUGUCUUGUGGCAGCUGUUCGGCCCAUUCGGUGCCGUCCAAUCGGUCAAGGUUAUACGAGAUUUACAGACGAGCAAAUGCAAGGGUUUCGGCUUCGUGACCAUGACGAAUUACGACGAAGCGGUUGUGGCAAUACAAUCACUCAACGGUUAUACACUGGGCAACCGGGUGUUGCAAGUUAGCUUUAAGACAAAUAAAACCAAAACCGCUUAAGUGAACCUGAGUGGUGUAAAGAAGAAGCAGAGCAACAGCAGCAGCAACUAUAGGAAAAACAGCAAGAGUGUGAAGGAAAACGAAAGAGAAGGCAAAACGGCGGCAGUGAAAGAGAAUGGGAGCGUAAGCGUAAGCCAAGCUUUUGUGUGACGCGAGCGCUUACGUAAGAGCAAAAAUAUGUGAGAGAAAAAGCAAGCAGUUAAGAGCGUUAAAUUAGUGAAAAGAAAGGAGAAUAAAUAAGCAUGAAGUGUAAGCAACAACCAGUAAACACCGCAGUUCAACUAAACAACAACAAAAAAGUUAAAACAUGCAAAACAAAAAACAAAAAAAUAUUUAAAAAAUUUACAUAAAUUAUAUACACAUAUUAUAUAUGAAGCUGUAGUAGUGUGUGCAGAAGAAACAGCUAAAAAAUAUUAACUAUACAAAAAGUGUUGAAAAAUGACCACUAGUCACACAGAAAUUAAAAAAAAAUUAAUAAUAAUAUUUUUCAUUGAAGAAAGUUAGUAAAAAUUAUAAGUUGUGCAAAAUUAAAUUUAGUUUUGUAGUAUUUAUUGAAAUUCGAAAAUUUGUUAGCAAAAAAUGUAAGAGAAAAGAAUACGGAGCAGAGAACGGCAUAUGGCAAAAGGGAGUAGGGAAAGCGUGAAAUUGUUAGCACAACACUGCUUUCUAGGCAAUAUUUUUUGUGUGUUCAAGCGAGCCGAAAGUAGUUGAGCGUGAGAGCGAGACAACAACAGCAGCAAGUGCAAAAGCUUUGCCACAAGUAGUAAGCGGUCAAAACGCUUAGAAAAUAAGAUUAAGCGAACAAAAAUAACGUAGUGUAAGCGCUGCUGUGAGCAUAGGCGCGCUGAAAGAGCAAAGCAACGCUGCCACAAGUUCCGUUAAGCUAAAGCGAACACUGCAGCUAAUUGGUAUGAAGCAAAAGCACCGCAUAGCAACCCCCCCAAUCAACAACACUGGCACAAAUAGUUUAACACAAAAAUCAACCCUGAAAAUAUUCAAAGGCAAAUAGAAAUUCUCAAAACCUAAAAAAAGGGAAAUAAAAAAAAAUGAAAAUAAAAAUAAAGCAACAAAUAAUUCUCAAACUCAUCGUAUAACUACUUAUGCAUAUAUAUAUAUAAAUAUAUAUUUAUUACUUAUUAUUAACUAUUAUAAUUAAAUAACUUAAAAUUAUUAUGUGGAAAAUAUUUAAGCAAAAUUUAUUUAAACAAAAUACUUAGUGACACUUGUAAACCCACUUUUUAAACUAAUUACUUAAUUGUACUUAAUUAAAUUGUAUUUGUAUUUGUAUUUGUCUAUCAUAUAUAUACAUACACACACAUAUUUAUAUAUAUAUAUAUCUAUAUAUAUAUAUAUAUAUAUAAAAAUUUAUGAAUUUUCGUAAUUAAUUAAUUUAUUAAUUUCGUAGUUUCAAAACAAAACACAAAAAAUGCUGAGAAAAAAUACUUAAAAAUCUAAUGAUUAUAAAUUCAUAUAUUAAUUAUUGCAUGAAACAUAAAUAAUGAGAGAAAAAAAAUAAAAAUUAAAUAAAACAAACAGACAUACACACACACAAAGUAAAGCAACCGAUACGCAUAUUUUACAGCAUAAAAAAUAUUAAUAUAAUAACAGUAUCAAAACAAAAACAAAAAGCAAAAAACCAAACAAAUAAAAAUAUACAUACAUUACAUAAAUAAAAUAAAAUACAAAAAAAAAAAAAUCAAACAACCAGCUAUUUGCUAUUAUUAAAUUAAUUAUUAUUAUUAUUAUAAAUUUAUUAAUUGAUAUUGCCAUGAAAUUAACUAAAUAAAUGUGUGAAUUAUUUGAAAUUUUAAAACCGAGUGCAAAUUACAUCUAGAUGGCAACCAUGCGCUUAAAUGCGCGACACGGAUUGGCUAUAGCAAGUGUGGAGAGUGAACGAAAAGCAUAGCGGUUAGAUGAGGAUAGACAGUGUGCGUGAAGAGUGAGAGAUAAAACGGAAGCGAGAGCGAGAGAAGCAGAAGUCGAAGGAAAAGGAAGAGAGCGAGGAAAAGCAGCAGUUAGUUUGAGAGUGAGUGAAAGAAAGCGAGCGGUAUAAGUGUAGGUAGAGCGCAACGGGAGAGAGCGAGCGGGAGAAAAAGAAGCAGUUUGAUCAUUACAAACCACAAUGACAGUAAAAUGUGCUGUAUUAUUUAGUAUAACAGCUGAGCAAAAAAGCCGCCAAGAGCAUUAGCAUGAACGGCGGUAGUGAACGCUAUUGCAAAUGAAGUACGCGCAGCAAUUUUUGUAAUUUGUAUUAAAUAUUUUAAAGUGAGUGAGUGUGAUUUAAGUGUGAAGUUGAUACGGUUUUGAAACAGGUAAGCGCAAAACGAUAUGCGAGAUAGUGAGGCAAUAGCUGGGAAGCCAAAUCAUGGCAGUCAGAGAAAUUUUAUGCAUUAAUUUAGUCAAGUUGCACACCCAGCAGCUGAAUUUUCUGAACAGAACUGAUCUGAACGGUUAAGCCUUUGAUUAAGGUCGCAGUUCAGCGCGAAAAUGACAAUGGGUGCAUGGAAAAUACUCUCUGCUGGUUUUUCAAUUACUUUUUGCCUUUCGUGUCGAAAAUAGUUGAUGAAACGGAAAUGAAACAUCAAUUUGAGUAUUUAAUUUUUGAAAUGCAACCGCAUUUUCGUUGUAUAAGAUAUUCGUAUGAAUAAAUAACGGUGUUAGCAUUAUGAGAGAACCAAAGGCGAAACGAUUAGCUGUUACAGUAGCAUAAUUAGAAAAUGCAGAUUAGACUACAGGUUUGCCCUGACUGAUAAAAGCUUUCGCAAUCUCUCUCAUUUGUCGCAAUUUCUCAAAAUCGUUCUCGUUUUUUGGGCUUUAUCUAGAUCUCGCUCUCUCCCUCUUUCUCUCCAAAUAGAGUGACAGUUGUGGAGUUAAUCUAUUGGGUUUAGUGUUGUUUGAGCGCUUUCAUAGUUUAUACACUUCACUUCUCUCACUAUACACUAUGAAACACAAAUAUUUAUAGUUAAUCAAAAGCGUUCAGUGUUUUAAAAAAUAAACAGCAAAUUUUAAUUAAAAUAAAAUAUUAAAUUAAUAUAUAAAUAAAUAGUCAAAAAAUUAUAUGUAUGAAUGUUUUCGUAAACUAUAGAUUCUUUUAGUUGUCACUUCACGCUUACUAAUGAAAACUAAGUAGUAGAAAUGUGUAUGAAGAAAGUUAAAAAAAAUUAAAAUAAAAAAUUUUAUAUUACAAAUUAUUCGUAAAUAAAUCAAUGUUAUAUCAAAAUAUGAGUGCGAAAUGUGAAAGUACUUCUAAGAGCACCAAAGAAAAAUUAAGAGCUAAAAUUAAUUUAAAUUUUUCGUUCCAAUAAGUGAGUAUAAAUUAUUAAUUAGCAUUAUUAAGUCUAAUAAGAAUAUAUUAAAUGACAAAAAAAAACUAUAACGUGAAGUAUGAGGAUGAAACCGUAAGGAAGUCAAAACUAAAACACCAACUUUGAAUAUUAUAAAGAAUUUUUUAAAAAUUACUAAUAUAGUAAAAUUUAAUAAAAAACAUAACAAGAAAAAUUAAAAAAAAAAAAAUAUGAGAAAUGCACUGAAAGCAGUUAGUGAGUGAGAGAGAACGCAUAUAAAUAAAGAGCGGUAAAUUUUGAGAAUACAAGCGAGAGAAAGUAACAGCUAUAAAAAGAGUACAGCGAGAACAUAAGAUGGGCAAGUAAUAUAGAGGCAGAUCUAAGGUUUAGUAGGAGGAGAGGGGGAGUAGUAAGAGAUAAAAGAUAUUUCGAAUAUCAGCAAGGUGAAUUAAGAAAGUGUACCGCUGGGAAUUCUGUAGAGCUAAGAUGUUAAGUGCUGAAAAGUUAAAACGUACAUUUGAAAUCAAAAGCGGCGGGAAAUGUGAAAGCUAUUUAAAAUAAAAACAGAAAAAUAACAAAGAAGUAUUUAGAAUAUGAGAUUUUCUAUAAAAAUAGCAAGAAGAGAGAAUAGUAGUGAAAGAGUGAUAAAGUAUGGUAGAAGAGAUAAUAGUAAAGAAAGAGUGAGUAUAGUACAAGAGAGAAUCGUAAUGAAAAAGUUAGGAGCGAAAAAUGUAAAAGUUUGUGUGUAAAUUAGAGCAGGUAGCAGAAUGAUGGAAAGAGAAGGCAUAACCACUAAAGGGAAAGCAUAUUAAAAGCAAAGAUAGCGCGUAAUUGCUUAAAGAGUGCGGAGAAGGAACGCAGUACACCGAAAGUAGAGUGAGAUGUAAAAAUGAUGUUUGUAGCAGGCGGGCGAUUGCAAUAACAAAGUAUUAAUAUAGCAAACAAUUAAAAACGAAAAUCAACAACUAAUGGCAAUAUUUUCGGAGGUUGAGGUAUUUCGUAGAAAAAAAAUACAUAUGCAAAUCGAAAACUACUAGUAAUUGGCAACGCAGUAAAUAAUGAAAGUAUUUAAAUGAAAAUGAUUAAAAUAAGCCAAAUUUUAUAAAUGCAGGUGUGCUAAUAUUGAAGCAUGAGCGUGUAGAAGUUAAGCCUAUAAUGUGGCAACAGCGCAUUACAAAGUUUGAACUGAAAUUUGGCAACAACGUAUUAAAAAGCUUCAACUGAAAUAUGGCAAUAGCGCAACAACUUACAAACGAUCACAAAAGGGUUUAAAAAGAGUAAACAAUAACAGCAAACGAUCAACGAAGGUGAGCUGAUAGCGAGUGUGCUGAUCCAGCGGUUGUUGUGGGUGAGCAGGCAGAGCGCCCAGUUGAGAGAAGGGAGUGUCAGGCAAUAUUGAUUCAAAUUGAAAUGCAGAAUGUGGCUAGAAAGUGCAGAUGGAAGUUUAUAUGUGGAAAGCAGAUAAAGUUUAGCAUUUUAGAUGAGUAUAGUGAAUAUCAAGAGAGCGUACGAGAAUUAGCGAGACGCUGUUAUAAAAGCUAGCGAUAAAAUGGUGUGCAUCGCGGCCUCGCACGCCACACAACUGCCGUUCGGUGCACUCAACUUGUCGACUCACCUAAAUUCUGCCGAACAAUCGAUAGCCACAAACAUGUAAUCAAGUUCUCAGUAUACUUAGCACUAUACUACGCUUGUAUAAUAUGUAAUUGUGUGGCAAUGCACUCAUUUAGGUGCUAAACGAAAAUGUGUUUUAAAAAAGCUAAUUAAUCAUACAUACAUCUACAUAUAUUAUUCAGAUAAAAUCAGAAGUUAUCACACAUUUACAUGCAUGUAUUUUAUGUAAUCAAUGUAACGAAUCGAGAUCGCUAACAGAUUUAUGUGUACAUCAACAAUAAAAAAAAAAAACAAUACAUACUCUAUAUACUGAUCAAUACAAUUGAUAUUUAAUUGUUUGCAAAUAAAAAAAAAUAAGUGAAAGCGAGUAAAAACAGUAAUUAAAAUCACCCUCAAACACAUAGGCACAUAAAAAAUGUUAAUCAUAGCAACAAACUUGGAUCGCAUACCGAUUAAAAAUUAUUCAAAACUUAUUACAUACAUUCGUAUAAAUGUCAUAAACAUUUAAUGUGCUCAUUAUUGCUGCGAGAGCAGAGAAAAUGUAAACUUAAACUAAUAAUUUACCAAAAUCACUACUGUUAAAACACAAUGCGCCACUGUAGACAAGCAGAACAAAUAUUUAGACUAGCCGUGGACCACUAUAUGCGUUAGUGUAUUGAGAGUCAGCUUAUAGAAAAUGAUUUUCCCAUGUCAAAUACUUGUAUACAUAUAUAACUGUGCGUUUAACCAAUUUACUAGCAACAAAAAAUAUAAAUAAUUGUUAUGCAUAACUGUAAACAAAUGCACACGCAAAAGUAACCAAUAAAAUAAGGUGUGUGUCUAGGAUAGCGCAGUAAAACUGAGCGGGUAUGUGUAUUGACUAAUAGAGUUGAGCGAGGAAGAGAGAAAAAUAUUGGAAGAGAGAAAAUAAGGCGAAAGUGGUGAGAUAAAGAUAGAGAGAGAGAGAGAGAGAAUGAAAAGCGUAAGCGGAGCUUUGUUUAACAAAAGAGCGGUGGAGCUGCUGUACAAUUGCAGAUAUUGGGUUUUGUUAAGAGUAAGGGUGAAGGCUGGAUAUUUGAAGGUGAGGGUUGUAGAAAUGGCUAGAAAGACAGAUCGCUUACGAAAGAUAUGAUAAGAAUAGGCAGAGAUUGUUGAAAAAAUAAUGGCAAUAAGCUUUAGUUUCCUACAAAUUCGUGGUGAAGCAAAAACAGAAACAGAAACGGAAAGAUGAAAAUUGAGAAAUUAUAACCAAAAAAGGUGCGUACUGGAAAAAUUCAAAGAGUUCGUGGAAAGAUAAAGAAAUUGAAAAUAUAUAUGAGAGCGGGUGCAAAACGUAUAGAAAUAUAAAGCGAAAUGGAUGAAUUGCAGGGUUAAGAGCAAGUAAAAGAAUAGUUAGAGCAGAAGAACCUAGUAGAUAAGUGGUGAAAUAAGUUGCCAGCACAAAGAUAUUGCAUGAAAGAGUAGAAAGUUAGAAGAAAAGGACCGCGUAAGAACUUGACAAGCUGAAAACCGGUAAGGAGGGAUAUUAUGUGGAAAGGAGAAGCAAACUGCGGUCAGUAAGAAGAGUUCAGAAGAUAAAAUCUUAAAUUAGAAGAACACAGUAGUUCGCAGAUAAAUAUUGGUUUAACAAAUUGAAAAGUACUAGUAAACGCGAAAGGUUUCAGAGUGGUUUUUCAACUAGUAAACACCAUUUGAGCUGCUUCAAAAUACAGUUGGCUAACUUAGUAUAUAAAACAGCGCAUUUACUUAAAAAUAAAAAAACAAGCAAACAACGAAAUCAAAGGAGCUUCUAGCCAACUGCGUUGAGGUGCGGGAGAAAGGUUCCAAAAAACAAAAAAAAAACAAAAAUACUAAUAAUGUGCUAGAAGAGUGAAGCAGGUGCAAAGCUUUGCUAAUAGUGAAUGAGGCUGAGUUGCGUGUGCUCGCUCUCUCUCGCUCCCUCAAACCAAAGAGACAAAAAGAGCGCGCUAAAAUGUAAGAGUGUCUCGUUUUCUAUUACUUUUUGUGGACUAAGCACGCAGUAAGGCAAAUUUUGUCGAAUUUUUUGCUGAAAUCUGCUUGCUUUUGUCUGAAAUUUUAAGAACUUCUAGCAAUAAUUUACUCACUUUUUAAGUCAAGACACGCACCACACCUGCAACGCAUGCGCCCUAGACACGCACCACCUUCUACUACCUACUAUGUGCAACAACUAACAUAAAACACUCAAGCAACAGGCGAUCUGAAGAAGUUAGCGCAAAUUUUAUUAAAUCAGUAUAGAAAAACGUUAAUAAAGAUAAAAGAUUUUAAGUAAAAAAUUCAUAUAAUAUUUUAACAAGCAGAAACAUGAAACACAAGCAAAAAAGUAAAAGUAAUUGAUGUUACGCCAGAAGCAAGGCGGCGGAAAUGGGCGUCACGCCAUGAAAAAUGCAUUUAUUCAAAAAAACAAAAAAAAAAAACCAGUGAAGCCAAUAUUUAUGUGUAUACAGUGUGUGGCCAAAGCGCUAGCAAAAAUAAGCACAUACAUGUUUGUAUAUGAAAACUAAGUACUAAAGCAUUUCAAAAUCCCGUAAAAUAUACCGUACCAUAAAUUAACAUAAAAUAACUGUACUGAAAACGACACCAAAAAAUCCCACUUAGCAAAAAUUCACACUUGUACUGAAACUGUCAAAGCAAAAAGCCGAAAAAUAGUUAAAAAGAAAUGCAAAAAAAAUUUACAUAAAAUACUACUACUAUUACUAUUUUACAAACAGUACAUAGCAACCCACAAAGCGUAGCAGAAUUUCAGAAUUUAUAUAGUGGAAAAUAAAAAUAAAAAGUAAAGCGUAACAGCAGCAAGAAAUUAGUAAAAAAAUCGAAAUAUGAAAUGUUAUAGUAAGCGUGAAAAUACACGAAAUUGUCGUAAAUCCAAAAAAUGAAAACAGCUUCCAAAAUUUUUAAGAUACUAGUCAAGUAAGUGUUUAAUAUUAGCAAAAGCAAAGUGUAUAAGAAAAAAUCAGCAUAUUGAAAAAUUAAAAAAAUUAAAUUAUAUAACAGUAAAUGUGGUAGUGAUGCGGUAAAAAAGCAUUCAAAAACUAUGCCGUUAGUUUGGUUAGAUACCAAAAAUUUUUUUGAAAAAUUAAAAGUAAUUAAAAAAUAUACAUCUAUAUAUAUAUAUAUAUAUAAUCGUGUAAGCAAACAUUUUCCAAAUAAAAACACUGAUUUUUCAUAUAUAUAGUAAAUUUUUACGCAUAAAUAUAUAUAUACAUAUACAUAUAUACCGUAUUAAAUGUAAAAACAAACACCACAGCUAAAAUUUGAGAUCAUUAGAAAUAAGAGCGUAUUGAGAUUAUUAUUUGAGAGAGCGAAAUGAGCGCGCAAAAUUGGAAGAGCCGUAAAUUGUGCGCUGCGCUACAGUGGCAUGCAUAUUUAUGAAACCAGCAAUUUUGCGCGUAAAAAAAGAUAUGAAAAAUAAAAUAAAUUUAUAAAUAAGAUAAGAAAAAAUACAGCAAAUGAAUCUGCAAAUAAAAAAAAUAUAUUUAUAAAAAAGAAUUUGAACAAAUUUGUAGUAGAAAACGUAUAUUACAAAAGCAAAAAGCAUGCAAUUUAACAAAAUAUUUACUAUCGACUAUGAUUUACUCGCAUAAACAUACUUACAAACUAGUUUCAUGUUUCUCUUAAAUGUUCAAAAGCAAAAAACAAAUACAAAAGUAAAUUGCAAAAAAUAAUAAUAAAUAGUAGCGUAUGUUAGACAAGCUGGCAACACUAUGCAUGAUUAUUACAAUUACCUACGUGUCACAUAAAUACAUAGACGCCUAAAAAAAUAUAGAGAUACAUAUAUAUAUAUAUAUAUACAUAUAUACAUGUUUAAUGUAUUUAUAACGGUACUUGUACUAGUAUUUGUGUUUCCCCGCCCGUGCAAACAAAGCAACAAAGCAUAAAAAUUCAAGAAACGAAGUAAUUGACAAACAAAUGGGUGCUUAGAAAACAUUUAAUUACAUACAUAAUUACUUAGCGAAACUCUUUUAACUGACUGCUGAGAGCGUAGCGUGCCCACCAUGCGUGCGUGCGCACGAGAGAAAGAAUAAAUGAAUGUGCUGCUGUAGCUGAGUGGCUAUACCAAUAAAAAA